AUCAUGUGGUUUUGUACAGACUAUGAUAACAAACAUUUGUUGGAAUCGACAACCCAGAGAAGUCCACGUGAAAAGUCAGAACUUACAUUAAAAUGGUAGUCACAUCAUAAAAGAAAGAAGUUAUGUCUGGAAGAAAAUUAGUGGAAGAUGAAGAUGGAAUCCAUUUUGUUAACAGUUUUGUUGACCUUCUGUUGGUUAUUGGUCUGGAUGACAAUUCUGGCCUCAUCCCAUAUGACGGGAAGGAAGAAGACAGCAUUACAUUAGAAGAUUUAUUCCUCAUACAAUAUGAACCACAAGUUCUGUCAGCGGCUUCGUCAAAAGUUAUGAUGCAUUUCUUCCCUCAUGCACGUCAAGAUUUAGACUAUCCACGAAUUAGACGACAGCUAAAAGAUGACUACAUCUAUAAACGCACAGCGAUGAGGAGCAUUGAUAAUUUAACACAAUCUAGAUUUCAUAAGACCGUUAACGUGUCAAGACACACUGCUCCUGUUAGUGUUAGUCGUCACAUGUCUAUCAGAGGCACGACUAUAAAGAAAAACAAGAUGACCACUUCUGUCCCAGAAUUCCCUGUUUCAGAGGAAGUCAUCAAAAGUAUAACAACAUUUUGUUAUCCAGAUGGUAUGAAGGUUUUUCCAGAGAAACUGGAGAAUUUUGUCCAUUUUCUUGUGUUGACAGAUAUAAUGGGAAAUAAGACCUAUGCCACAUGUUUGACUUUUAACAGAAGAUUUAUCAUAGAAAAGGAAGAAAAGUCAAAGAUAUGGAUGAACCUUGACACCAGUUCAGAUGACCUUGAGAAACAACAAGUUAGAUGUUAUAUACCACACUGCUGUGUACUCAUAUCAAAGUUUCCAUAUUUUACUGUAAUGAAAGAUGCAUUAUCAUACAUGGUAUCUCGCAUGGAAGCUGACCCAGAAGAAAUGUACAGCCAUAUAAAAGAUAUUACCCAUACACUGACAAUGACCCCUGUUCCACUUGCUGGCAGAUUGGCAUUGGAAGUUGAGAUUGACGGAGAAUCUUUAUUUUUGUACCCACCAGAAAAACCAGAUAAACCUGUUAUAGAUAUACCUCUUCAUUUAGUCUUCCUGUGUUUCAAUAGCAACGAGAUUUUGAAAAUUCUUUCUGCCAUUUUAUUGGAGGAGAGGAUAGUGUUCAUUUCAUCUAGUUAUGCUCUACUGACCACCAUUAUGCAGAGUUUUCUAUACUUUAUUCUACCCUUUGAAUGGAGGUAUUCCUUUGUCCCCAUUCUGACCAUAGAAGCGUUGGAACUGUUAGAAGCACCAGGGACAUUUAUGAUGGGGUGCCAUAAAAUACACAGAAAAGAAGUUGAACAGAUAGAGGGAGUUGUUGUGGUAGAUAUAGACGACGGUUCAGUGACUGUUAACCCUGUUAUAGAAAUGACAACAAACCAGUCCAAUAGUAUAGAAAGUUUACAUGACAUACCAGAAAUACCAGAUGAGGCUGCCAAGUUAUUUUCUAAAGUCUGUAAGAGGGCGCUGUAUCAGCAUGACUUAGUGGAGUUACAAAGGCCAGUGUGCUUUGACAUCAGAAAGAGAAGAAAGAUGGAGAAACUAAAAGUACAACAGUUGAAUUCAAACAUCACUGCAGGAUGUUUGGAACUCAUGGUUAAUUUAUAUAGAGGUGUUAUGUCAGAAAUUCGAUUAGAACAUCAGAGAUUUAACAAGCAAGCAUUCCUUGACAGCAUACAGGGCCUAGAUAAAAAGUUUUAUGAAAGAGCAUUGAAUACAGACAUGUUUAAGAUAUUCCUGAAAAGCAGAAUGUCACAGAAACAGGAUUACUGGUCACAGCUAGAAGUGUUAACAAGACCACAAGUUAAAAAAGCAGGGGGAUCAGACAAACUUGCCAACAGGAGAGCUCAGCUGAAGAAACAAGUAUCAGUCACAUUCUUACCAGGUUUACUUACAAGGAAAGAAACAAAGAUUUUCAAGUUACCACGGAUACAACGCAGCUUAAGAACAUACAUAAUCAAUACUAUAGAUCAGCUAUCUGAUUGUUGGCAGAAAAGUAAUGACCUUCAAGAUCGUGCCUCUUACUUAUAUCUACGAGGAGCAUUUUACCUAGCUGAUCAUAAAGCAAUUGAGGCUUUAGGUGAUUUAACAAGACUGGCAGAGAUAGAUAUAUCAUUAGUACCAGAACUUAUGGUGAAACAAGCCUACCAGAAGAUACCAGAGGAUGAAAAAUAUGACAUUUUAAUGAGACCAGGCAUACAGCAUCUCUCUGAACUGUUACAUUUGGAGAGUGAUGGGAGCCAGUCUCCAAAAGUACAUCAUAAGUUUGAGGAACCUGUUAAACUUCCUGACCAUGAUCUCAAUUUUGAAGAAUUUAGACGAUUUGUUACUAUGUUGGAGAUGACACAAGAUAUGGAAACUGUGAUGAGACUUUUCCAAGCAUUAGAACUGAACCAACAUAAUGGAUACGAUAAAGUGGACAUUGGAACAUUUGAGACAUUUAAUCAUUGUUAUCAAGAGAAUCUGGAGCAUUGUCUGAUGGUAGAGGAAUCCAUUUUAGAUCAUGAAGAAUAUGUACUGAAGUUGUCUUUACUCUGUAAAACUGAUGUUGGGUCUGGCAGAAUUGUGCUUACUAAUAAAAGAUUAUUGUUUAUGAAGGAUGGUUCAAUGGAGUGUACAGAAGUUACAAAGAUAAGAGAUAUUGUCCUGAUUGAGCAGAAACAACUGAAGUCUUUCUUUAAAACAAUCGAUGUACUUAGGAUUCACAAAAAAGAUGAUGCAAAGUUCACAGCCUGGUUGAAGGACGAAAGGGAUCAUUGGUUUGUACUGCUACAAGAAUUAUGGGCUGGCAAGGUCGUUUCUAUUGGAACUAAGGACAUCAUGGCUGCAAACAAAGCUGCCAAUAAUGUACAACUUGUUGAUGCUUUUCUCAAAAGUUCUCAGGACCAAGACACAACUCAUCAUGAAAAUCCUAUGCAGGCUGUGAUAGAACUCUGUUUUUACACACGAUACAUGAAGGAGAAAAGACACGAACUUCCACGAGAAACGCUAGAGACAUUAGUCAAUAGGAUUGACCCUUGUUCUGGAGAAAGUCUGAGACAAACUGUUCAAUCAUUAUUGUACACUCCUGGUGAUCCCCAACAGCAUGUUUUACCGAGACUCUGGUGUGGUAUGGGAGAUGGAAAAAUCAAAAUAUUUGAUGCAAUGGCAUGGAACUUAGAAUCACACUUUAUACAGACGAAAACUGCUGUGAUGUGUUUGGCUGAUGUUGGUGGGAAACAAAUUUGGGCAGGAUCUUAUUAUAUCUACAUCAUUGAUGUACAAACCCUGAGAUGUAACAGAGCUCCACUGACCGACCAUGCUGACUCAGUUGUCAGUAUUGUUGUUGUUAAUGAUGGCAGAUAUGUAUACACAGCCAGUGCUGAUGGUGACAUUCUGAAGUGGGAUGUACAGACAAUUACAGUCGUAGAUAAAUGCAGUGAGAAAAUCAAAGAUCUGAGGAGGCUCAAAUUCUGUAAUGGUUUCUUAUGGUGUGGGACCAAGGUUGCUGUGUACAGGAUAGACUUGAGUAUGAAUUUGUUACAGAAAUAUCCAGUUAUUGUUCAGAGAUCGAGUCAAGCUGACAUAUCUCGGGAAGUAUCUCCAGAAAUUGAUAGUUUCCAUAUAAGUGAGAGUGGAGAGAUAUGGGCUGGCUAUAGACGGUCUGGUAUUAUUUUGAUAUGGGACAGCACACGAGGGAAACUGAAAGAAAUAAUAGAAUUACAGAAAUGUGAAGGAAUAAGUUCUAUAGUACAACAGGAACAAAAGGUUUGGGUCGGGAGCAAAGAUGGUACCAUACAUAUUAUCAAUACGGAAACAAGAAAAGUAGUCAAACGUCUUCAGGCACAUGAUGAUGCAGUCAGGGCUUUGUGUUGUGCUGAAAACAGAUACAUUAUAAGCGGGGCAGGAAGUCGUGAUGGACGUAUUGCAAUGUGGAGUUCUACAGACACAAAGACAGACUCAGGAAAAUUUAUACUAGAUGAAUAAAUAUAUUUCAUCCUUCAUUUACAAUGUAAUAUUUUCCACUCAAGAUAUCUUGAUUUUCAAUUUUCAACAUGUUAAAUUUAAGGUGCAUAUCAAAAUUGAAAUUUAACUAUCAAAUUGGAGAAGUAUUGUAACUCAGGAGCAAAUUGAGAGUGAAA